AUGAGUCCAGCAUUGUCAGCUCUGACCAGAGAAUCCGGAUAUUGGGAUGUGGCGGAGGCGAACCAAGUUGACCAUUCUCGGGCAUUGCCGGCGGAGUUAGGAUCCCAGACAUUCACGGUGCUUACCAAUUGCCCCGUUGACAUUCAGUUGUCAUCUGCCUACGUUGCUCUAUCCCCCCUCUCGCGAUGUCCGGAUGGUCAGAUCUCAGAGCACAACCCUUCUCCGGAUCCCUCCCAGCUGCCAGACUCGUUUCUCCAAUAUUACCUGAAGUUGAAGGUAAAAGGAACGCUGAAUGCAGAUGGACUCGACUCCAUCUCUCAAUUCCGGCGAGCGGCCCGCUAUAUCGCAGCGGCAAUGAUAUUUUUCAAGGACAAUGUCUUGUGCGAGCGGGACCUUGCUCCAGAUGAUAUCAACCCGCGUGCCCUUGGACACUGGGGCACAUGUCCGGGCCUUAUCCUCGUCUACGCUCAUCUAAACCGCAUCAUCCGCAGCACAAAUAUUGACGUGCUGUACGUCGUUGCACCCGGACAUGCAACACACGAGACAGGGCUGGUCUCUAAAAAUCGUCACGGGAUCCAGCGUUCCAGGAGGCUUCCCCAGGAACACCUGGGUCAAUCCAUGAUAUAUGUCGAACAGGGAUGGAGCGGACCGAAGAGGCUCCACGGAGAGGUUAUUGAGGGCUCUUUAACGAGGAAGGAAAGCCAAAUGAGAAGACCUUGUCCAUCAUCCCCGAGACCUCGGCAUAGGAACCCUCACUCCUUCCUUCCGUAUCUCUCUCCCGAUGAGGUCGUCUCGAACAAGCUCGACGCCGUCCUCGGCCACAGUGGCCGAAACGUGCAGUGGGACGUCGCCCUCGUUUAUAAACUGUCCGAUAAUCCCGAGCCAGUGACGGUGUAG